AUGCUGAACAUCCCUUCCCAGUCUUUUCCAGCCCGCAGCUUCCAGCAGCACGUGGCCUCUGCGGGGGGCGUAGCAAGGUACCUCUAAAAACAGGGCAGAAGUCUUAUGGAUUGGAUUCGACUGACCAAAAGUGGGAAGGACCUAACAGGAUUAAAAGGCAGGUUAAUUGAAGUAACUGAAGAACUUAAAAAACACAACACAAAAGAUGCUUGUUGGAUAUGCAUAAGAGGGCUUGUUUAUAAUGUCAUCCCGUAUAUAGAGUAUCAUCCCGGUGGAAAAGAUGAACUAAUGAGAGCAGCAGGGUCAGAUGGCACGGACCUUUUUGAUCAGGUUCAUUGUUGGGUCAACUAUGAAUCCAUGCUGAGAGAAUGCCUGGUUGGCAGAAUGGCAGUUAAACCUGCUGUUCCUAAAGACUGUAGUGAGAAAAAGAAAGUCUUAAAUGGCAUGCUUCCUAAGGGCCAAGUGACAGGUACACUUGCCAAAGAAAGCCCUAUUUCUCCAAGCUAUGACUGGUUCCAAACAGACUCUUUAGUCACCAUUGUCAUAUAUACUAAACAGAAGGAUAUCAAUUUAGACUCAGUAAUAGCUGAUCAUCAGUUUGAUACCUUUAGAGCAGAAACAAUUAUCAAGGAUUAUUUAUAUCUUAUACAUAUUGGACUAAGCCAUGAGAUUCAAGAUUUUUCUGUGUGGGUUGUUGAGAAUGUGGGAAAGAUAGAGAUUAUCCUAAAGAAACAGGAGAGUACUUCAUGGGAAUGUCUUGGUCAUCCUCUGGAGAAUCACAAUUCACUUAUUCUGAAGAAAGAUAAAGGUUUGUACUACAGAAAAUGCCAGUUAAUUUCCAAGGAAAAUGUUACUCAUGAUAUGAAGUUUUUCUGUCUGAUGCUGCCACGAAGCACUUACCUUCAGGUGCCAAUUGGACAACAUGUUUACCUCAAACUAACUAUUAUAGGAACUGAAAUAGUGAAGCCAUAUAAGCCUGUAUCUGAUUCCUUACUAUCAGAGUUCAAGGACCCAGUUCUUCCCAACAAUAAGUACAUCUACUUUCUGAUCAAAAUCUAUCCUGCUGGACUCUUCACACCACAGCUUGAUCAUCUUCAGAUUGGAGAUUUUGUUUCCAUGAGGAAUCCUGAGGGCAAUUUGAAAAUAUCCCAGUUCCAAGAAUUGGAAGACCUCUUUUUAUUGGUAGCUGGAACAGGCUUCACACCAAUGGUUAAAGUAGUGAAUUAUGCUUUGAAUAAUAUACCCAGUCUCAGGAAAGCAAAGCUGAUGUUCUUCAAUAAAACAGAAGAUGGUAUAAUUUGGAGAAGCCAGUUGGAGCAAUUAGCAUAUAAAGAUAAAAGAUUUGAUGUUGAAUUUGUUCUCUCAGCACCUACUUCUGAAUGGAAUGGCAAAACGGGAUACAUUUCAUCAGGUCUUCUUUCUGAAUUUUUAAAAAGAAGUUCAGACAAAUCCAAAGUUCUCAUCUGUAUUUGUGGACCAAUGCCAUUUACAGAGCAGAGAAUAAGGUUGCUGCAUGAUCUUAACUUUUCCAAAGAUAAGAUCCAUAGUUUUAAUGGAUGA